AUGCUCUCAAAACCAGUCCCUGGUGAGGACUUGUUCGUGUACCUGGUAGUGUCCAACUCAGUUGUCAGGUCAACUUUCAUCCGAGAAGAGCUGGGGGCCCAACAUCCGGUAUUCUACACGUCAAAAGCUCUCCUCAAUGCAGAGACUCACUACCCGAAAUUGGAGAAGCUCAUUUUGACCCUUCUAGUUUCUGCGAGAAAGCUGCGACCCUACUACCAAGCUCAUCGAGUCAUCAUCAUGACCGACUUUCCUAUGAGAUCAAUCCUCCACAACCUUUACGCUUCUCAGCGACUCAUGAAGUGGGCCAUAGAGCUAAGCCAAUAUGACCUCCACUACCGGCCAAAAGCUACAAUAAAAGCCCAGGCUUUAGCAGACUUCGUAGCAGAAUUCACCCCAUCAGCCAAAGAAGAUAAAUUGGUCAACAAAAUGAAGGAAAGUUCAAAAGCAGACGGGACCUUCGCUGAACCUAGCCAACCCAGUGACAUGUGGCAAUUGCGCGUAGACAGAGCGUCGAACCAAAAGGGAGCUAGAGCGGGUGUCGUCAUCACCACCCCGGACGAAACCCUGUUGGAGCAAGCUAUCACGCUUGGCUUCCCGGCCUCAAACGACAAGGCAUAA